GAACAGUAAGAUCUCCCAGACAAGACAGAAAAAGAUUUCCAAGUGGAAUUUUUUUGAGGCAUUUUCGGAGUUCCAACAUCCUUUUGAGUUCAUUUCAUCACUCACUUCCAAGAGAAGAAGAAUAAAAAAGUUGGAUCACUAUCACCAUCAUAUGUGAAACUGAUAAAAAUGAUGAAGACAAGGAUUUUGUGCUACAUUCUAAUGGUUUCUUUGAGUUGGGUUUCUGUGACAAGCAGGCCUUUUGCAUCACGUAAUGAUUUUUCUGCCCAACAAGACCGAGUUCCUCAUCUCCCACAAAACACCUUUGACUCAAGUGAGGGAGUUAAGAAGGGCAUUGAAGGAACAUCAUAUGGGAAUGAGGAAGAGUUGUAUAGUUCGUUAAGCAGGCUUGGGUCAAGACCACCAAACUGUUCUCACAAAUGUGAAGGUUGUUACCCUUGUGAACCUGUUCAGAUACCAACAACCAGUGACCGGGUUGGUGUCCAGAUUGCAAAUUAUGAGCCAGAAGGAUGGAAAUGCAAGUGUGAAAAUUCCUUCUUCAAUCCAUAAUGAA